AUGUCUUCCACACCCCGCCCCAAACGGGGCGCGCUUGACUCUUUGGUGUCUAAAAUUACAAAGCGUCCGCGAUCACAUACCACGACUCCGGAGCCCGCUUCAAGCUCUAAUAACGCGACCCAAAUCUCAAACGACCUGAGAGAAACAUCUCAAAUUCAAUCUGCCACCCCAGUCCCUCGUGAUAUGUUGACCACACCUCCGUCUCCCAUCGGGACAGUGACGCCAGCUUCUCAGAAAAAUACAGCGAACAGACCACGCUUACAACGUGUUGGCGCGGCGCUUAAAGACUUGAGUCAAAGUGCGGGCGUAUUCCCACCACUUCAAGCCAUUAUCACAGAUGUGAUAUCAUGUUUUGAUACACUCAAGCGCACGCAGAUAGACCCAGUAUACGAGACGGAGUACGAAGCACUCUUACAGGAGCUCCAGAUGUUAAGCGGUUCCUUAGCCUAUCAUGUGCCGAGGUCGAACUCUGCCCAUAUGUCGGACUGCACAACUAGGAUGAAAAAGUUGAUUGCAAAACAAACCGAAGUGAUCAAGAAAUGGCAAGAUCAACCCAUAGAACGCAACCUGGACAAGGCCGAACAAUACCAGCAGGAAAUCCUAAGGGCAUAUCGUGGAAUUGAGAGUGCCUUUCGGCAGUUACAAACCGAUGCGACCCUGGAUAUAUGGAGCAGUGUAGGAGAGCAGACUGUGAAUAGCCGCCUCGAUAAACUGUUCCCGUCCAGAUUAGCUCCCCAUAACUCCAGUCUCUCAACCGAGGUCGAUCGCCGAGCCUGUACCAAACACACACGAGCCCAGAUCCUGUUAGAGCUCGACCAAUGGUCAGCCGAUCCUCAGAAACCCAACAUAUACUGGAUGAACGGCAUGGCUGGCACAGGCAAAACAACCAUCGCAUACACAUUUGCCGAGUCGCUCAAGGCACGAGGACUUCUUGGAGCGAGCUUUUUCUGCACGCGAACGUCCAGUGAGUGCCAGGAUAUAGGACGAAUCAUACCGACGAUCACAUAUCAGCUUGCGCGGUACUCCAUGAGCUUCCAAUCAGCGGUCGUAAAGGUACUAGGCAGUGAUCCUGACAUCGGGACCCGGGCUAUAGCGGAACAAUGUGAGCGGCUGAUCAAAGAGCCGUUGACGCAGGUGAAGGGCGACAUACCCGAUGGACUCGUGGUCGUAAUCGAUGCACUUGACGAAUGCAGCAACACGAACGGCGUGCGAACAAUCUUGGACGUAAUUUUCAGAAUCACUCCCAACUUGCCUAUCAAGUUCUUCGUCACCAGCCGACCCGAGCCGGACAUCCGCCAAAGGAUCGAGGCGCAGUCCGACCGCAACCGGUCGAUGUGCGUGCUACACGAGAUCGAAAAGUCGCUAGUCGAAGCAGACAUCGAGCUAUACCUGCGUGACGAACUUUGCAACGGCGUCUCUGAGCAUGAUCUAAUCAAACUCGCCAAGCUAUCUGGAAACCUGUUCAUAUAUGCAGCCACCGCAAUUCGGUAUAUUCGAAGAAGAGGCACCAUGGUAGAUGAAGACCGGCUUGAGGCGAUCCUGAAAUCGUCUUCCAAAUCAGCCAACCGACACGCGGACAUUGACAAGCUAUAUGCUACGAUUCUAGAUGCGGCAGUCCACGACUCGAACCUGGAUCAGGAGGAGCAAGAGCAGACACUGGCAAUAGUUUGGACAGCAAUUUGCGCACGAGAGCCGAUCGACGUCGAUACGCUUGGAGCUCUGACGGGGAUCAAGGCGGCAAAGGUUCAAGUACUGCUCCAGUCUCUGUAUUCGGUGCUGCACGUAUCACAAGCGACCAAGAUGAUCACUACGUUGCACGCAUCGUUCCCCGACUUUAUAUUUGACGAGGCACGGUCGACCAAGUUCUACUGCGACGAAGCAAAGCACAGUCAGCUGCUCGCCGAACGGUGCUUCGAGGUGAUGCAAGACCAGCUGCGAUUCAACAUCUGUGGCCUAGAGACAUCGUUUAUACCCGAUAGCAAAGUGGAAGACCUGGAAUACCGGAUAGCAAAGUCAAUCUCGCCAACGCUGUCAUACGCAGCGCACCAUUGGGGAGAUCAUGUAGUCAAGAGCGCGCCAUGUGAGAUGGUGCAGAAAGGGCUGGAAGAGUUCCUGUCAUACCGACUGCUGUUCUGGAUGGAGGUGGUGAGCCUGAAGCGUACGCUGGACAAAGGGAUAGUCAUGCUGUCGGCACUUAAGCCGUGGCUGACGGUCAAAGACGCAUCAUCGGAUCUGGGCAAGUUGCUGAACGACUCGUGGAUCUUUGUAUCAAAGUAUGCUGCCGGAUCUGUCUCGCAGUCGACGCCGCACAUAUACAUCUCGGCAUUGGCAUUUUGCCAUCACUCAAGCUCGGUAUACAAGCAGUACUGGGGUCAUACUCGGGGACUUCUGAGGCUGGAAGGGUCUGCAAUGGAACAAAGUCCAACGGCGCUACUUGCGACAUGGCAGAUGCAUUUGGGGGCCAUCUCACUGGCGUUCUCUCCCAAUGGGUCUCGAUUUGCAAUUGGAUUUGAAGAUGGCACAGUAAAUAUAUUUCAUGCGCACAAUGGAACAGUGGCUCUUGGCCCCCUCAAAGGACACGCCAAUUGGGUCAGAUCCGUAGCAUAUUCUCCCGACGGACUGCUGCUUGUCUCUGGCUCUGAGGGCGGUACAAUGCUUGUGCGAGACGCGCAGACCGGCAGUUGCAUAUAUGACGUCAUCAAGGGGCAUGAAAGCAAAGUGACGUCAGUAUCGUUCUCACCCGACGGCAAGCACAUUCUCUCAAGGUCCAAUGACCAGACAACGCGGAUGUGGGACAGUGGCAACGGCAGUCUGAUACCCAACUCCAUCAAACGCCAUCCUUCAACAGUCAAGUGCACGGCGUUCUCUCCUGAUGGCAAGCAUAUCGCAUGUGGCUUGUUAAGCGAUGAGUGUCCCAUUGUUGUUUACGACGCAUCCACCCGCGAGUCUCUCCCUUUUCCAUUCGAUGCUCAUCAAUCCCCAGUGUGGUCAAUCGCCUUUUCGCCAAACAGCAAGCACCUUGUCACUGGCCAUGAAUCCGGUGAUCUGCGCGUCUGGAGUCUACAGGACGGCACCGCCACACACUCCCCACCCAAAGUACACAACAAUGCAAUCACAUCCAUUGGGUUUUCGCCACUCGGAGACAAACUCGUCACUGGCUCUUGGGAUAGGUGCGUGUAUAUAUGGGAUGUAGAGCACGGCUACUCCAACCCUUGCCUACUUGGCACACACAACCAUUUGGUUUACUCCGCUGCGUUCUCACCCGAUGGCACACGAGUCGCAUCAUGCUCAAAAGAUCGCACCGUCAAGAUGUGGAAUGGACUGCACCCAACAUCAUCUCACACCUCACACUCCAGCGCACCAACCAUGCUUGUCUGGUCGGUUGCGAUCUCGCCUGAUGGGUCACGCAUCGCCGCAGCGGGUGUUGACAAAGCGAUCUACAUGUUUAACACACACGAUGGCACUGCCGCUCUCCAGCCACUUGUCGCACACACGGAUGAGAUCAACUCGGUGGCGUUCUCAGUCGACGGCAGGUACCUCGCUUCUGGUGGCGACGACAAAUGCAUAUGUCUAUGGGAUGCCACAAGCGGCAAUCUGCUAUCCGGUCCACUUCGAGGGCAUGAAGAAAUGAUAUGGUCAGUGUCGUUCUCACCCGAUAGCAGGCACGUUGUUUCUGCCUCAUGUGACAAGACCAUACGCAUGUGGGAUGUGGACGAUGGGACUCUGACGCCCACAGACCUGGUUGGAACGCACGACAAGGAGGUCAACUCAGCGGCAUUCUCCCCCGACGGCAAGCAUAUCGUUUCUGGGUGUGAUGACAGGAAGAUCCGGAUGUGGGAGUCGCAGACGCUAUCACUCGUGUUCGAUCCGUUCGGGUCGCGGCAGCAUAAGGAGGGUAUCUGGUCGGUGACGUUCUCGCCUGAUGGCAGACUCAUUGCUUCUGGGUCCACAGAUGGCGCUAUCUGCAUCUUUGACUCGCACAGUGGCGAGUUGGUCCUCGGUCCUCUCAAGGCACAUCAGAAUUGGGUGAGGUCAGUUGUGUUCACACCCGACAGCAAUCACAUCGUAUCUGGCUCGGCUGAUCGAAGGGUUGGAGUGUGGAGGGUGGAAGAUGGGGCUCCUGCAUGUAAGCCACUUCAAGGACAUCAAGGUUGGAUUUACUCGGUGGCAUGUUCGCCCGACGGUGCAUGUAUUGUCUCAGGCUCGGAUGACGCGACGAUUCGAGUAUGGAAGGCACCAGGAAGGGGCGCUGUAUCCGACAUAUCCCAAUCUGCCUCUUCGACCUCAGACCAGAGGAAGCCCCAUAGUGCGAUUGUCGGUGGACUGACGAUCGAUGGUGAUGGGUGGGUACGCAACCGCGACUCACAGCUAGUUUUCUGGGUUCCAUCUGAUCUGCUCAAGCUGUUCCCUCUCCUCGAGACCGUUUACACGAUCGGGUCUGAAGGCACGUGUCGAGCGGACUAUAGUCAGCGUUUGCUGCUUGGGGAGGAUUGGCAUCGAUGCUUUGUUAGCUGA